AUGGGAACCACGGGUCUGGUCGAGCUUAUUCUGUUCCAUCGAGUAUUCUCGACAAACUCGCUUGUGCACUUUAAUAUUGUUCAGACGGACGAUCCGGCAAUUCUCUUCAAGGCGGGGUUAUGGACCUACGUCAUUUCGUGGGGUGAAGUACGAAUAAACGAGACUUUGGCUGCUGAUUCGAGCAAAUAA